AUGAACCUUUCCAAAGCCCGAGACGACGUGGAGGAGGUGUUGUCACGAUGCCUGCCAGGGCAGACCGUGCUUGCUUGGUACUCUGAUGAUGAUGUUUUCCAUGAACGACUCUUGGUUUGGAGGGUAGAUGACAAGACUUGGUAUGUUUUGACCCCCGAUGGAGACUGCUAUGCUGAGGACUACUCCGGUGAUUCUGACAAUGGCCCUUUGACUUUUCAGGUGAAAGGGGUAGAUUUCCAGUUCUUCUCCAGGGUUCGCAGACCGGUUUACAGAUUUAGGGAAUACCCCACCGACUCCGAGUUCAAGCAGCAUGUUGAGACUGCCUUGAGAGACUUGGGGCUGCUUGGAAGGACUGACCUGGGUUGGCAACCACGACAUGCCAUGAACAUGAAUGGGGACAAGGUGGAGGCAACCGAAUACUUGGGACGUUUGUUGGUCCCAAGAAGGGUUCGAGGCAGGGACCAAGGCCACUUACAGCUGCCAGUUGAACAAGAGGAGUCGCAACGAGGCCGUGGACCUCAGAGGGCUGAUGCAGCCCCAGCUGGAAAGGUUUGGUUAGCCAUGCACUCAACUCCGGACUUUCAGUUGGGCGCUGAGGUUGUUGAUAGUCUUGCGCAGUCGGUAUUGCUCAGUCCAAAUACUUGCGCAGUGGAAGGCCCUAAGGGCUGGACUUUGUGCAAGCUAGUGAAGGUCGCUGAAUCCCCCGACUUUGUGUCAGAGCUCCGCGAGAAGAACCGUGCCUCUCUCAAGGAAGACAUUGGGCCAGUUGCUGGAGAGCCGGAUCAGAAGCCGGCAGCUCCUGGAGAUGAGGUGCAGGAAGCAGAAGAUGCCCGAACGCUUGCUGUGGAAUACGAUGACCAAGGUGAGCGCUUCAAGCUGUGGCGCGAUGUGUGCAGAGAGUGUCGAGAAUAUGCUUACCCAGACUGGCCUCACGAAGGCCCCCAGAGCGUGCUGCAUCUGAUAAAACACAUGCACAAGCAUGGGGGCUCUCCAAAGCUAUGGCUUCAAUCCUGGGCGCGCUUCAAGGGUAUACAAGAGAAUGAUCGUGUGAUGCAUGAAAUGCGAGCGCUUAUGGAAGUCCUCGAACAUGGGGGCUGCUACGACCAGCUCAACCUGACCAGCCUUGCCAGCAUGGAAUCAGUAGGUCGGCGCGUCCAGAGCAUAGUGGACGCCUACAACAGCGGCUCAUCCACUUCCCCAGACUGGGGGGCAGCAAAGAUCAUCUCGGGCUACGCUGGCCCUGAAGAUGUGGUGAUGCCAUCACUUCGAUCGUGGGCUGCCCGGAAAGGCAAAGAGGAGGUGGAACUGGCCGCAGCAAGGACCAAAAUCCGUGAGUACAAGAAGUUGGCUGUCCCAAUGGAUGAGGCCGCAGGAGCUGUAGCAGAUGGAAGCAUGGCAGCCGGUGGAGCUGGCUUGGCGCCAAAACGAAAGGCAAAAGCCAAGCCCCUCGCUCCACCGGCCGAUCACCUUGAGCUCGCAGCAUUGGGAGGUGGCAGGCCGGAACAUUCGAAGAGAGCUCGUGAUCUUUUUCCACUGCCUGAGUUGCCGAGAUUGACACGUGAUGUGAAGCUAUCUCGGAGGUCAGCCCAGCGAUGGGAUCGCAAGAUUCGAGUUCGUGAGACCACCAAUGAGGCCAUCCGAGGCCUCAACUGGCUUGCUGGAAAGAGUGAUUUUUUGCAUGGUACAGAUGGGGCGCCUGAUUCACUACAACAAGAGGUGCUUCAACGAAUUCAAAUUUUGGCAAACAUGACCAAUGACAUCGGGAGCUUUGACAAAAUCCCGAGCCCUGAGGCAGCCCUUGCGGAGCUGCUCAAGGGGCGUUCUGACUAUCAGCAGUCAGCCGCUCCUAUUGCUCUCGCGCCUUACAGCCUCGAGCGUGUCUCGCUGCCAGAGAGUUUGCAUGGGUUACCCGAUGCAGUGGACCUCUUGCCGCCAGACGCCCGUCGAUAUUUGGAAGGUAAAGAGCUUAUGCUUAGGGAUGACCAGCCGGAUGAGACCCCCCCUCCGUACUGGGAUCCUGUUUUGGCCAGGAGCAAACGACAUUACAAGGAGUUUAUUAGGAAGCUCGACAGCAUCGGGCUCCUGCAGUACACACAGUCUCCUAAGAACCAGGUAGGAACAGACGACUUCGUGGCAGAGCUCGCAAGCCUGAACAUUCACAUUGUGCUGAGCGAUGUGAAGGACUGCUUCCAUAGACUGCGGCAACCGAAGUGGUUAGCAGAGUAUUUUUGUCUCAAGCCUAUCCGGGCUUCUUGGGUGGGCUUGCAAGGACAGAAUUUGGAUGGGAAGAAGCUGAAAGCCAAUGACAUCGUUUACCCUAUGCCAGGACAAGAGACGGGGAAGACUGGAACUUCAAGGGCGACUUGCCACUUGAAACCAAUGAGCAGCGAAGCCAGCUUCACCGCCCAUGUCGAAAUUCCAGUGGCCAAGAGACUCGAGCAAGAGGUGGUCAAGGAGGGGGAAGACCAAUUGAACGAGGACGAAAGCUUCAGCUCAGACAGCAGCUCAGAUGUGAUCCGCCCGACCGACAAAAGGAAGAGACUCCUUCACUCCCGAGCCAAACAUCGCAGGAGGAAGUAUGUCGACUAUUUGCUGGAAGGAAAGGACAUGAAUCACUUGAGUCUGUUGGAGCGAAAGGCCAUCGGAAUGGCCACAGAGAAGAUCUACCAGAGCGAGUACGCUCGUUUCAUGAGCUUUGCAAAACCCAGGUUCCUCAACCUCGACAACUCGGACCAGGUGGAUCAAGCGCUUGUCGACUACAUGAACCACCAGUUCCUAAAUGGGCACCAAGCCUUCGUUGGGGACAGGCUGAUUGCCAGUUGGAUCCAUCACCACCCUCAGUAUGGACGAGCUGGAUCUCGCCGCAUGCCGCGGGCGUUACGGGCUCUCAAAGGGUGGCGCAAGCUGUGCCCAGGGCGCAGUCGCACUCCAUACCCUUCAGCAGUGUGGUGUGGGAUGGCAGUGACGCUGAAGCAGAUGGGAUAUCCUCUCAUGUCGGUGUUCCUGAUGAUUU